AUGGAGCUGCCCACGGAGCUGGUCACGGCUGCUGCGACCACCUGGGGCAACAGCACCGCCUGGCCCCCCAUGCUCGGCCAUGGGGGCAACGAGACAGGGUCAGCGCGGGCCAAGAACGCCACGUCCAUCCUCAUCGCCGUCGUCAUCACCGCGCUCUACUCCGUGGUAUGCGUGGUGGGUCUGCUGGGCAACGUCCUGGUCAUGUACGGCAUCGUCAGGUACACCAAGAUGAAGACAGCCACCAACAUCUACAUCUUCAACCUGGCCCUGGCAGACGCUCUGGCCACCAGCACUCUGCCCUUCCAGAGUGCCAAGUACCUGAUGGAGACGUGGCCCUUUGGGGAGCUGCUCUGCAAGGUGGUGCUGUCCAUUGACUACUACAAUAUGUUCAGCAGCAUCCUCACCCUCACCAUGAUGAGCGUCGAUCGCUACAUCGCCGUCUGCCACCCUGUCAGGGCCCUGGACUUCCGCACCCCAGCCAAGGCCAAGGUCAUCAAUGUCUGCAUCUGGCUGCUCUCCUCCCUCAUUGGGGUGCCCAUCAUGGUCAUGGCAGUCACCAAGUCAAAAGAUGGGGUGGUGCUGUGCACGCUGCAGUUCCCUGACCCUGCCCUCUACUGGGACACUGUCACCAAGAUCUGCGUCUUCAUCUUCGCCUUCCUGGUGCCCAUCUUGGUGAUCACCAUCUGCUAUGGGCUGAUGAUCCUGCGGCUGCGCAGCGUCCGCCUGCUCUCAGGCUCCAGGGAGAAGGAUCGCAGUCUGCGGCGCAUCACGCGCAUGGUGCUGGUGGUGGUGGCAGCCUUCAUCGUCUGCUGGGCACCCAUCCACAUCUUUGUCAUUGUCUGGACGCUGGUGGACAUAGACAAGAGGAACCCCUACGUGCUGGCCAGCCUGCACUUCUGCAUCGCCCUGGGCUACACCAACAGCAGCCUCAACCCUGUGCUCUACGCCUUCCUGGACGAGAACUUCAAGAGAUGCUUCCGGGAUUUCUGUGUCCCCUGGGGGGCCCGUGGCAGAGCCAUCCCUGGCCAGCCUGGCACCGCCCAUGGCACCGCCCACACCCCAGCCCAGCCCCACUGCCAACCUGCAUGA